AUGAAAGAAAAACACAGAGGGAAACAACUGAAAGAAAAGGCAACAAGAAAAGAAGUCAGAGAGAAAAAUUCAAAAGUGGAAGAGGAAUGCAUUGCCUUUCUGGAUCAUAGUGAAAGUGAUGAGGAUUUUGAUCUAAGCAUGCUUCCAGACCUUGACAGAUAUACAGACUCUGACCAAGAGGCUGAUCCAGAAAGCCAUGGUGGCUGUGGGAAGAACAAACAACCUUCUGGUGGAGGCGCAUCAGCGGUAGAAACAGCACCAAGAAGAAAUAAGAUCAAACUCAGCAAAGAGGACUCGUUUGCAACAUUAGGUACAGGCUUUUCCCUUGUGGAAGAUGAAGCACUAGUAUUACAUCUGCUCAACAACCAAAGUUAA